AAGCACAUAACUACAUAAGCAGGUCUCACAGUAAAAUGAAAUGGUUCUCUUGCUUUUUCUGUUUGUGCCUCUCUUUACAGAAGCACUAAUACCUGUUUGUAACCUGUGGAGAAAAACAGAGCUGCCCGUGUUUUCCAAGAAUGGUGACAUUAUUAUCGGAGGUAUUUUUUCCUUUCACGAUAGUCCACUAGAUCCCAACCUCACAUAUUUAGCCAUGCCUGAGGUAUCAAAAUGUAAAGGUCUCAAUUUCAGGGAACUUCAGUUUGCUCAAGCCAUGGUUUUUGCAAUUGAUGAAAUAAAUAACAGAACGGAUAUAUUGCCUGAUGUCAUUUUGGGCUAUAAAAUCUAUGAUGUAUGCAGAGACAUUCAUUUGACACUGCGUUCAACAAUGGCAUUACUAAGUGGGGACGAAAACAAUUUGCUCCAGGAUGAUUCUUGUAUCAAGCUAUCUAUAGUGCCUGCCAUUAUAGGUCCUUCAACUUCAUCACCUGCAGUAGCAAUUUCCACAACUCUGGGGCCUUUCAGUAUACCAGUGAUCAGUCAUGCUGCCAGUUGCUCAUGUCUCAGCAAUAAAAAGCUCUUUCCUUAUUUCUUCAGAACGGCCCUAAGUGAUUACCACCAGAGUGUUGCCAUGGCACAGCUUGCAAAGUAUUUUGGUUGGACAUGGGUAGGGGCAAUAAGAAAUGAUGAUGACUAUGGAAACUAUGGCAUGGCCACAUUUGUGGAAGCUGCACAGACAGAGGGUAUUUGUGUUGAAUAUUCUGAGGCUAUCCACAGAACAUACCCGAGAGAAAAAAUUCUCAGAGUGGUAGAUAUUAUCAAACUCUCCUCAUCAAAAGUCAUUAUAGCAUUUUUGACAGUUAAUGUAUUUGAAAUUCUGCUUAAGGAAUUGUUCUUACAAAAUGUCACCGGAUAUCAGUGGAUUGGCACAGAGUCUUGGAUUUCUACUAAAAAUGCUGCCAUGCUACAGUACUACAAAAUUAUGAAUGGAGCAAUCGGAAUGUCAGUUAGUAAUGCAGUCAUACCAGGCUUGAAGGAGUUUUUGCUGAAUGUUCGUCCAUCUUCUCUCCCUGGAAACUCUGGCCUGAAUGAGUAUUGGGAAUAUAUUUUUAAAUGUACACUGAAUUCAAAGAAUAACUACUCCUGUACUGGUCAUGAGUCAUUAAGUGAAAUAAAUAAUCAGUAUACAGAUGUGUCAAAUAUUGGAUAUACUUAUAAUUCCUAUAAAGCCACUUACACCGUAGCUUAUUCAUUACACAACUUGCUAGGAUGCAUUGUUACGGAAAAUGUGAAGACAUGUGUUAAUAAAUCAAAUAAUGUGCCAUUGCAGCUAGCUCAUUAUCUGAAAACCAUAAACUUUACAACAAAGAUUGGAGAAAACUUCUAUUUUGAUAAAAAUGGAGACCCUGCAGCAAAAGGCAAGACAUAUGACAUAGUAAACUGGCAGCUGAAUAAAGAGGGUGAUGUUGAUUUUGCAACAGUUGGUGCAUACUAUGCAUUUGCCUCUAAAGGACAUGAAUUUGAUAUGAAUUAUAAAAAUAUUGUUUUCGCUGGCACAGGAAAUAAGGUGCCAAAAUCAGUUUGUAGUGAGAGCUGCCAGCCUGGAACUCGGAAAGCCACACAGAAAGGACGACCAAUCUGCUGUUAUGACUGCAUACCGUGUGCUGAAGGAGAAAUCAACAACACAACAGAUUCUUCAGAUUGCCUGAAGUGUCCUGUAGAAUACAAACCAAACAAACAAAAGGAUGAAUGUAUCUUGAAAGAAAUUGAAUAUUUAUCAUUUCAAGAAAUUAUGGGAAUCCUGCUGGUCACUCUGUCAGUACUGGGAGCAUUGCUAACACUUUAUACUUUCUCUUUGUCAUCUUGUAAAGCAAUUUGA